AAAAAAAUGUGGAGUUCGGUCACAGCAGCUGGCACGGAAAAUGGACCUGCACCACCUUCGAGAAGUAAACACAGUGCGGCGUUACUUGCAGGACACGUAUAUCUCCUUGGAGGUCGAAAUGGAAAUUUACCACUCAAAGAUCUUUGGCGGUAUAGUCUCGGGUGCCGAUGGGUCGAUGUUUCGAAGUACUCUCCGUUACAAUACGCGAGCACCGUAUCUGACCAACAAACCCCAUCUUCUCAUUCCAUGACGACGAGGGGUGCGCGAUGGAAUUUGAACGGGGUUCAGUCUGAUCAAUAAUGCGCCAUUAUUAAAGCCCACGUAUAUCAAGUAAAUCUGCCGCCGAUACUCCACAAUUACGGCUGUUUCCACGGAGAUCAGACAUAGGUGAAUUAAUUGCACCCUCACGCAAUAAUCAGCGGUCGGUGUUCGUGACAUCGAGUUUCUCGUUUCUAUGCAUCGUAUGCGUUAUCUGUUCUCUCUUCUCUCAGUCGACAUUUAAAUUUAUUCCAUUUCCAGAUUUAUUCAAUUUCUUUGCGUCAUUAUAAUCAACAAGUAGACAUAUGCAUAUGUAAAUAUAUAUGGAAAAAUAUACCAAUUAUAUAGUAUAAUUACAAAUACGUCGUAUAUAAAUUUGUUUAUUUACAUAUUUUACUUUUUACUCAAACAUAUUCAGAAAUUUUUCUAACUAAUCUACACAUUUUGAUGACUCCCGUUAAAUUCACAGCACGAAAACGUGCUAUUCUUUAUGAAAGUUAUAAUCUUUGGAAAGUUCAAAGUUCUGCUAGGCUUGGAUAAAGCACGAGCCACCAGUUAUCGGACCACCAGAGCUCUAAAUGUAUUCCCGGCGGGUCCAUUCGGUCAAUAUUGGUAGCUAGAUAGAGUAUGAGGUUGUAUGGACUAUACAUGGCACGCACACAGUUACACUAAAUUUCAAGCUCAGUGGAACGUUGAUGCGCUUGACUCUGAAGCAGGUAGUACAAGGAGAUUUUAUAUGGCAUGUCCGUUAGAUGAGUGUUUCCGUAUUUUGUAAGAUUUUUCUAUUUACGUAAAUAUUUAUCAAUACGGAAGCGAGACAAAUAUUCGACUGCAACGCAAAUGAGAGCAAGAGGAAGAUAAAAAUAUGCUGAAGGAGAGGCUCGAGAUCAAAUGAACACAUGAACGCAUUCAUUGUAAUUCUAAUAUAAAGUUCAAUGUAAAUCCCGGAAAAAAAUUUCAACGUUUCAAAUAAAUAGAAGAAAUGUAUUUUCACUUGUUGAGAUCUUUUUUUUAUACUAAAAAUAGUUGCUUAGUAAUUUAACUUAUUAUAAUAAAAAACAGUAACUUAGGGAGCUUUCUUUGGAGAUCGAUUCACAAAAUUCUCUUUUGCUUGUGAAUAUGGAUGCAAAGCGAGUUAACGUUUACAUCAUUACCGAAGUCAAUGCGAUGUAAGGUUUUGAAGGGAACAAAUACUUUUCAGGCGAACGUGGACGAACGAAUGACUCUCUGUUAAUCAGAAGGGGAUUGUUCGACUGCAGGGUUUGGGUGAAUAUUAAAGCAGCAUCAAAAGAAUUGGACCAUGGCAGUUCGUCUCUCGAGGCCAACUGAAAGCAAGUGGGAAGAAUUACAUCCUGGGGGAGAAAGGCCGCCGGCUCUUCAAGAACACAGUGCGGUAGCAUACAAGGACUGCCUUUACGUAUUCGGUGGAGAACUAGGCUUUUCCGCGGGCACGGAAACACCACUUUGGGUUUACAAUGUCAAGACGAAUACGUGGAGGAAGGUCAGAGCUCAACGAGGUUGCGCGGUUCCUAGAGGUCGCAGAGGUCAUACGGCCUUGGUCCAUCGAGGUCAAAUGCUCAUCUAUGGAGGUUAUCAAGAUUUACGUGGUAGCUCUCCUGAAUUAUGGGCUUUCCAUUUCGAAACAGAAUCGUGGCAUCUAUUAUCAUCUAGCGAAAGUGGUCCAGCUGCGAGACACAAACACUCAGCCGUUUUACAUGGAGAUACUAUGUAUAUUUACGGUGGUAUGACGGAUUUACAAGAGAGAAGCGAUUGCUGGCGAUGGGACGUUAAUACCGCUUCCUGGUUCAUGCUGAAGAAUAAGCCUGGACCGGGUCCACUUCAUGGUCAUGCUGCUUGCAGACUCCCAAGUUGCAUGUUGAUCUUUGGUGGAGAGAGCGGUGGUCUCGCUACCAAUGAAUUAUGGAGGUUUCAUUUCGGUACGGAAACUUGGGAGAAACUAUCUGUACCAGGACCGAAACCUCAACCCAGAGCAGAGAGUGUUGCCCUGGCAGUAUCCGAGUUGUUGAUUCGUGGUACCAGUAGCGAUAAUCCUAAACCAAGAUUAAAAAAUCAAAGGACGAGAUUGUGUAGUAAUAGAAUAUCACCGAAUGAAGCACCUACGAGGCCUAGUUUUCUCAAAGAAAUCUCGAAAUUGUCGCAGAUCAAUCUGUCAAGGUUGAGUCAUCCAACCAAGUGUAGUUAUUCUGUACUCAGUGGACAGGACGAUAAUGAAGAAAGUCCUCAAGAGGCGAACACGUAUUAUCCGUUUCAGCAAGUGGACGUAGAAGCCGUAGAACCUUCGAUGGGAAUGGUAAAGUCUCGAAGUGCCAAUACCUUAGCUCGUAGAAGACAAAAGCCGCCGGAAACGACGACAAAAGCAACUGAAGCUAGCAAUAGUAAUAAUAAUACUGGCAGUGGCAUGACCAGAGAUCCUAUUUCGGUGCCAAAUUUUCGAGCUUUAACGUUACCAACGCCAGUACUAACACCUGUUGAGGCAGCUAGAUUAGUUUUCGUUGAUCCAGACGAGUUGAGCGAUAGCGAGGAGAAAAAAGAACCACCUACCUCGAGACUGAUCGAAGUUCAGGAAGAAAGGAGAGAUUUUUCUUCCACACAUCACGCUUGUCAACCAACCAGAGGUGAAAGCUACAGUUCUCAUCUUUACGAGGCAGCCCUUCAAACUCCAAAGACACCGACCACGUCUAAAAUACCAACUUCAGCAUCUGUCAGAUUCGCUGACCUGGAAGAAGGCGAGGAAUCAACGUCGGAUUACGCGAGCAUUGAAACAAGGAGUCCAGGUGAUCCCUUGGCUGAAGACGAUUGGCCUUCAAAUAAAAAAUCUAAACAGUUGCGUGCUAUCGUCAGUUCAACGACAAUACGUGAAGGCCAAUUUGGUUUUUGCAAUCCGAAUUAUUUGGGCUUGGACGAGAGCAGGAGUCAUUAUCAGCAGCAGCAUCAUCAUCAUCAUCAUCAUCAUCAUCAACAACAACAACAACAACAGCAACAACAACAAGACGGAAAAUAUGCGAAGAUGUUGAACAGUCCACCUGAUAGCGUGUUGGAGGAUGAACCUGGCAGGUCAGCCUCGCAAACAUUCGCUGAACUUCUUGAACUUCAAGAGAUCAGAAGGAUUCCCAGAGCACCGCCUAAGAGUUUGCCUUUGGGAUCACCCUCGAGACGAGCUGUUAGUGCCUCCAGGGCCGAAAGGCAAAGAGCUAAGGUCGCAGCUAAUGAUGGAAACGACUCGGGAACACCUUCGUAUGGACCUGCGCCUUUAUAUGUCUUCUUAGUCGGUGGUAAAGAAAAGGGUCAGGUCACCGUCUUUGCUAGACCUGUCUCUCUUUGGAAAUUGCAGCUAGCGCCGCACAUUUUUUAGAAAUACCUCGGGGAUCCGAUGAUCAAUUCGAUUAUCGAUCCGAUGACAGCUCUGCGUUCUCAACUGUUUACAAUAAUCGUUUCUCUUACUUUAACUUGCUUUUGUUCUUCGUCAUUUUCUUCAAAAUCAUUUUUGUCACGCUCAAUGAAAAAUCUUCUUGUUUUUUUUUCAUUUGUACAUUUUUAAAGUAUAUAUGUUAUCAAACAUUCAUCGAUUGGCUCUCUUUAACGUAUUAAUUUAUUAACUUAUUUAUUAUUAUUAAUAGUAUAAUUAUAUAAUAAUUUAUUAAUAUAAUUCUAUGGAUAUAUUACAUGUGAAAAAUUUUGCAUUGUCCUUGUAAUUUUCGCAUUACACAAACAUUUUUCUAGUUAGCAGGAAAGAAAAUAUUGAAUUCAAAGAUUUUUACAAUGAAACGUAAUGUAGUAUUUAUUUAAAAAAAAAAAAAAAUCACCACGUCACGCCUACAGUCUUUUAUAACGUGCUGUUAUAUCGAUGUCGAAUUUUUUUAAAUCUUUUUCUCCAAUAUCAUUUUGAUAGUGCUCGAGACGAUUUUCCUUAACGAAGAAAUGUAAACUUUGCAGAAUUAUUUUUGGACGUACGUUUAAUGGAUAUAUAAUAACUUAAUAGAAAACGUACGAUCAAAAAAUGUGAUUGGAGCAUUUAAAUAAAAAAAAAAACGCGAUAAUCGAUAUCGAUCAUAACGAUCUAUCGCUGUUUUAACUACAGUAUUUUUGUGUCAUGCUCAAAGUCGUUCAAAAGAAAUCGAUCGACAGAAAAUUUAAGACAUCUGUUUUUCGAUGCUUGUUGUUCUUUCGUGAUACGAAUUCUAGAUACAAAAAAAAUAAAACAAAAAAAUGCAUAGCAUAACGACGACUAAAUUGACUUUUGUAUUUGUCUUACCAAUAGAUAGAUAAACGAACCACACGUACCAUGUAUGCAUUUAACAUAGUGUAGAGAAUUGAAAUUACAUUAUGUUUUUUUUUAUUUUCAUUGAUUAUUAUCCACGCUAAAAUUUUAUACUUUUAAAUUAACUCAUCGAUUUCUAUAAUGCUCGGUAACAUAUCCAUAGUGUAUUGAUUUGUUUGACGAAAUAAACAUGCGGUAUCCAUAGAGACAAUUUUUGAAAGAUAUUCCUAUAACGAAAUAUUCUUUCCUAUUUCAGAAUCGUCAAGUAUUUUAAUUUUUACAUUAAAAUCAUACGUAAUAAGAUUAAUCGCGAAUAUUAUACUUAUUGACUCAAAGUUCAUAUUGAACCGUUCGAUAUAGCGAGAGAAUGUUUUCAACGUAAAUUUGUAUUAAACGAUCACGAUCAAUGUUGAAAAUUGAAACGCAGAUCAAACCAGCGCAAUAUGAACAUAUUGAAUAGAUAUAUUCGCGCGAAUUUUAACUUUGUAAAGAAACAUACGGGUACUUAUAAUCUUAUCAAAAUUUUACUAACGAUUCGCAUUAGAUUUCUUAUAACAAUUCCACGAUACAAUUUUACCACAAUGUAGUCUAAUAUCUAUAAUUAUAUUAUAGAUAUUAUAUGUAAUUAUAUUCCGUAUGUUUAUUUCAACAUCGUUAAGAUCGAUCACACCGAUAAUUCGAUAAGCGCAUACACACGAAAGAAAAUAAUACAUAAUUAAAAAUUAUUUCAAAUUGGCUCGCCUGAUCUGCGUUUAAGUACUAUGGAAUAUGAACUCAAUGUGCGUAGACUAUAAUAUUAGGUUUAAUAUCAGAUUAUAAGCUUAAGAUAAGAUCGACGAUCUUAAGUAUUAAUCGCAAUCGAUUUUCGGUUGUCUUCACAGUGGAUAAUUAAUUGAAAAACGAUUUGUACAGUUCUCUUUCUAUAAUCAUUUUCUUUUUAUCGUAUGAAUGCUAGAAUGGUAAUAGCGCUUGAAAAAUAAUCUCAAUAUUUUUAUUUUACAUUAAGAAAUAAAACAAUAGAAGUAUCCACUGUGGUUGUAUUUACAAUCGUAGAAAAUUAAUUCCGAUAAGCAUAAUGUAAGUAGAAACGGUGAGAUACGAUGGAAAAUUUCUUGCUCGUAUAGAAUUUUUAUGCCCAAGAAGGCCCAACACAUGUAAUCCAUCCAUAAGUAGCUGAAGGUCAACGUGACUCGUUAUAGGCUGGAUAUUGUUGAACUCUCUUAUGUUAUUAAUCGUAGAUAGUGAUAUUAUUUAUUUUUUUCUUCAUAUACCUCAAUAAUUAUAUUUACUUUUAGUAGAUAGGACAAAUAAUUUAUUUGUAUAAGUAAUAAGUAGAAUAAGAAAACCUUUAAAUUAGAAAUCGAUAAAAAUCUAUAGAUAUCAGAAUCCGUGCAAUAUUACAUUCAUAAAUUAUACAAUUCUAAAUAAUUGUAUAUCAAGCCUAUCAAUGCUUUAUUAUAACGAUUGAUUUACUUUUCCAAUUAGGUAGCAUAUUAAAAAGAUUAUUAUUAGAAAGAAGGGUUCUCCAGUAUCCAGCUGCAGGCCACAAGACCCCCGAAAAUCAAUGUUUUCCAUUCGUAGAGCUAGUCAAUUUGAAGUCUCAGUGUACAAAACUAAAGAUAAAUGUUUCAUACUGCGCCCAUGACCCAUUCCCUUCCUUCAAUUUUCCCGAUCAUUGUGUGUAGUUAACGAUCCUUAUGACUGGAUUAAUUUAUUAUUGCGUUGAAUACACAUAUUUGCUUUUGAAAAUAUUAUAAUAUUAUAAUAAUAAUUUACAUAAUUGAAAUAUUAUUGUGUAAGAAGUAUUAUCAAUAAUAUUACUGAAACUAGUUGAAGAAAUCACAUUUGAGGCUUGGACACAUAAAUAUUUUUCAAAACAAGAGUAUAUAAAUCAUUUGUAAACACAAAAUGUUAUUAACAAAAUUAUAAUAACAAGUAUCGUAUCUUUUUCAAGAAUUAUGUUCAAUAUAAUUAUACAUAUCGAGAGAAGAACAUUAAAACAGCCUCUAUAAUGAAACUAAUGUUUAGAAUACAUACGAAUAUAUUGAAAGAUGUGUUCAAUGAUGAAAAACACAUUUGUCAUGUUCAAAGAGUUUAUAGAAAAAAAUUCAAUUUUGAAAAAGUAACAUUUACCAAAAUUCGUUUUUACAAUUUAAUUUAUGAUCUAAUUGUAUAGUGUGAUAUGGUCUUCUAAAAGUUUUACUUAAUUCAUUAAAUAGAUUUUUUUUUCAUAAUAUAAUGUGCAUUAAAAAAACGAAUAAUCCAGUAGUCAAUUAUUACCGUCACCAAUAAUAGUUAUUUACAAAAUAUAUCUAUUUAUAUUUAUCAUAUAAACAAUAUUCAUAUGAAGUUAAAAAAAAUGUCAGUUGGUUCCCAAAACAGUGUAGCUGAUUUGAGUGCCUACAUAUAUUCUUCGUGCAAAUAUAUGCAUUCAGUAUUUUUCUGGUCAUAAAACAAAUACCAAUGACAGUCUUGCCACAUUGUCUUCUAGCUUAUCAUUCGCAAAAAGUAAAAAAAGGAUAACAUAUAUCGACAAGAAAAAAUGUAUCUCGUUCUCACGAAAUUUCAUACCACGAAAGACAAUAUUUUUCCAUUAAUAAAGCCAUAGUGACGACCUUAAUUACUUUUACAUUUAAUAUUAUAUAUAUGUAUAUAUAUAUAUAUAUAUAUAUAUAUAUAUAUAUAUAUAUAUAUAUAUAUAUAUAUAUAUAUAUAUAUAUAUAUAUAUAUAUAUAUGAUUUCACAAAUAUGAAUAAAUGAUAUUCUCCAUUUAGUUAUCAUGCUACACUUUUUUCUCUUAUUUAGAAUAAACAUAAUUGUAUUCAUGUAAUGUACGAAAACAUAUUCAAAGUUGUAACAUUGUGUUCACUAGCCUUUCCGAUAUAAAGUCUGUGCAAAGAUAAA